GGCUGACUUGUCCACUGUGGCACUUUGUUGCGCUCUACACGGUGUUUCUAGAUGCUGCUGCACAAUUCCUCCUCGUUAAAAGAGGAGGGUGGCGCAACCCCUCCUCGACCUGCACAGCCACACCUGACAUGACGUAACUAGCAGUCGCACCACGUAACUCGACUUACAACAAGGAAAUCAACCCACCAGCAACGUGCAGAACACUCCAGGCAGCUACAUCCAGCCACACAUAUAGAUAUCGAUUAAACACAACCACCGCACACUCAUCACUUCAUAUCUCUCACAUCAACAAUGUCGACCGUUGUACACGUUUCCGGAAUCUCCAGCUCCACAAGCGAGAAGGACAUCCGCGACUUCUUCAGCUUCUGUGGCAAGAUCAGCGACCUCACAAUCGAAGAAGACACAAAGACAGAGGCGGUUCCGACAAAGCAUGCCACCGUCACCUUCGAGAAGGAGACGGCCGCGAAAACUGCCCUUCUUCUCGACAGCACUCAAUUGGGCCCCGCUCAAAUCCACGUCACCUCUGGAAGCUCUACAGCAGCUCCCAGCUCCGCCACUGGCGCUCACCAUGACGAGCACGAUGUCCCUCAGGAGGAGAAGCCAAGGUCCCGUAUCCUGGCCGAAUACCUUGCGCACGGCUACGUGAUUAGCGACAAGGCGAUCGAGAAGGCGAUCAUGCUCGACCAGCAGCACGGCGUCUCCCAGAAGUUCAUGACCUACCUCAACAGCCUCGACGCAAAGUACAAGGUCACUGAAAAGAGCAAGGCUGCUGACGAGAAGUACGGCGUUUCUGCAAAGGCCAACCAGGCGUGGGGCGGGCUGGCCAGCUAUUUCGACAAGGCCAUCAACACGCCCACGGGCAAGAAGCUGAGGUCCUUCUACGAGGAGGGCAACAAGCAGGUCAUGGAUGUUCACAACGAAGCUCGCCACCUGGCCAACUUGAAAGCGGGAAAGAGCGAGCCUGUGCCUACGGGUGAAGGAUCACGCACCACCUGCAACUGCGGCGCGACCUUGGGCAAGUGUGGCUGUGCACCCGGGACAUGUGCUUGCAGCAACUGCGCCAAGAACCCAGAUGCGAAGACAUCCAAGGUCGGCGUCGAGGAGGCUGGCCUCGAAGUCGUUCCCGGCACCGACAAGACAAAGUGCAACUGCGGUGCUACGGCCGAGAAAUGCCCAUGCGAACCGGGUAAGUGCGCUUGCGCAAAGUGCGCAAAGAAUCCUGACGACACCUCCGCUGCCGCGCCGACAACCGCGACGUCAGCAACGUCCACCUAGAUCUGGAAUAGCCCCGGCUCUAAAGAGGUGCAUUGCUCACUGCACCGCUCCAUGACGCAUACGAAUCGCGGGAAGAUAUGUUAUAAGGGAUGCAAGGCUAUGUGUAGUAUGAAUGGCAUGAGAAUGAUACCGUCAUGAAUGAUUUUUUUUUUUUUUUGAAAAUCCUUAACCUGUCUCCUUUUAA